UUGUCAUAUGGCUAGCGGUCCACAAUACACGGAACAGGCUGAGACAGGGCGCGUGUUUACAUGGAGACUUCUUUAGCUAGGAUUAACACGGGAUAAGCUGGGAGCUGACUCUCCGAUCAGGAGUUGCUGUCGAAGACACAGGAACAAGAUACUUGGUGUCUGUGGAUAUUUCGUUGGGAUAUUUCGGCUGUGAUCGAUUCCAGGAAUUUCGUUUGUCGGCACGUGAGGGCAGAGCGUUACCAGAACAAUGGUCUGAUAUCUGGCAGUUAUCCGGAGACCUUUGCCUUACACCCACAAUAGCAACAGCAGUGUACAGAGCUUCCACGUCAUGACGUCACGAACUGUCCCUUCCCUGCUUCUAGGGCUUACAAUGGUGCUAUGUUUAUGUUCAUUAUCAACAGCUCAAAUUUUUACCAAACCGUUCCUCUCCAUGCAAACCCCUAUGACCGCCGGUACGAGUUACACCCUCAGCUGUAGCUCCAUCGCCAACGGCGCCCAGAUAACGUAUGUCUGGCAGAGAGGGGACGAGUUAAGUCCCUUCACCACAAGCACGUCCUGCACCAUCAUCACCACGUCAGCUCAAGGUAUCGUAUCUUACGAGUGUGUCAGUGCCUACCAGCUGACCGCCAGGAGGGAGGAUAACGGCGUCAAUAUCACCUGCACGGCAUCCUUGCCUACGGGGAGAACAAACAGUGAUACAGGCACCUUCUACAUUCAGAUUCCCCCGCCUAGUCAGUACCCGGAGAUUAUCGGGGCCGACACCAUCAACGAGGGCCAAAACGUCACGUACUUGUGCGUGGCUGACGGUGCAGUCCCUCAAGCCACGCUGAGGUGGCGAGUUCGCUCUGUACUAACGGACGGAUACAGCCCUCCAGCCACCGUCAACGGUGACGGCACCUUCAGGACCGUGAACUACCUCUACCGCCUCUUCACCGCCGCCGACGAUGGCAUUCGGCUCGACUGCGACAUGUCCCAUCCAGCAACGAGUGGGAGAAGGGUCACAAAAACCGUCACAGUUCAAUAUAAGCCGACCGUUUCCUCCAGCCCAUCCACGUACACGUUGACAGAGGGGGUUACUGGCAAUCUGCACUGCUCUUAUGCAUCCAUGCCAUCUCCGACCACUGUCCGAUGGGUGAAGGACAACCAAGUACUAGACAGGUCAUCAGGGCGGUUCCUCAAUGGCGAUACUCCGACCUCACCCACUCUGAUUAUCAACAACCCCCAGGCAGAGGACGCGGGGACGUACGUCUGCAUCGUCUCAAACGUUGUGGGUGAAGGAUCUGGUCCUAGCGUCACCGUCGUCGUCCGAUCCAAAGUCACAAUUCCAAACGCGUCGUAUGGUGCUGACAUCAGCGAGUCUCUCACCAUUCCAUGCAUCAUCGACGCUGAUCCCACGGUAACGUCAGUGACGUGGUACAGGACUGUUUCCGGCUCGACUCUACCGGUCACCAUUUCGGGAUCGAAGUACGGGGGAGGAACUGUUGCAACCCCCGCGAUGACGAUAUUUAACCUCUUGCCGUCUGACGCAGGAUCGUAUCAGUGCGAGGCUGGGAAUGGUCUAGGAACCACUCCGAGUAAUGCGGUGUCUGUUUCCAUAAGUUAUGCUCCCACCAAUAUCCGUGCUGUCCCAAACGCCUUCGAGGUUGAUGCUGGUGGAGACGUCCUGGUGACGUGCAUUGCAGACGCCGUGCCGUCCCCAACCUACGCGUGGUUUUUCGAAACGGACAGCACCAACCCUGUCUCCAGCAGCUCCGCCCUCAACAUCACAGCGUCGACGCCGUUUGACAACGGCAGGUACACCUGCAAGGCGACGAACGAAAAGGGACAGGCCUCCGUCAUUGUCGGCAUUAGCGUCAGAUUUCCUCCAAUCAUCAACACAAGUUCCUCCCCUCAAGAUAUUGAUGAAGGGUCUUCAGUGACUCUUCUGUGCUCAGUGUACGCCAACCCAAUCCCCUUCGGGGUUACGUGGUUUAAGAACUCCCAGUUCCUCAACCGGACUAACCCAGGUUACUCCGGGGGAAACAGUGUUGCCUCACCUCACCUCACCAUCGCCAACAUCCAGAAGAACGACGCGGGAAGCUACUACUGUGAGGUUCCCAAUCAGAUGGGACGGACCCGCAGCAAAAGCGUCAUCGUUCGUGUUGUCUAUCCUCCCUCGAGUAUUGCUAUCACUCCAAGUGGCGCGCAAACCCUCAACGAAGGUGACAGCCUCACCCUCAUCUGCCUCGUGAACGCUGUACCGAUGCCCAACUACGAAUGGAGAACAGGAAAUGAAGUUAUAACCUCCGCUCCAAUCCUCGUUAUCAAUUCAGCUAGACCGGACGACAACCGGGACGUGACGUGUGUGGGCUCCAACUCCAAGGGGAACAUCACCGAGACGGUCCGGGUCAACGUGGAAUACGCCCCGCGAGUAACGAUACCUGGCGGUGAUGCAUUCGGCGCUGACGAAGGCAACGCUCUCAGCAUCCCCUGCGUCGUGGACGCCAACCCAGCAGUAAACACAUUUCAAUGGCUGAAAGAUUCCGCCGUCCUUGACCUUUCGGACACCAGCAAGUAUAGCGGCGGGACAAGCGCCUCCACCGGUCUUACGAUACUAGCGUUGUCGUCUGCUGAUGCCGGGAACUACAGCUGCAGUGCUGGUAACCCAAGAGGUCAGGCCACGAGCAGGGAUGUGUUAGUGACGAUCAGCUACCAGCCAGAGAACGUCACAGUGAGCCAAACGUCUGUGACAGUAGUCGAGAACGAGGCUAUAUUGGUCACGUGCUCAGGAAACGCCGUACCCUCUCCUAGUUUUAACUGGCUGAGAGGAGGAGUGGAAUACCAAGAUGGCGUCUACCUUAACAUCACUUCCGCAACACCAGAGGAUUCUGGGACAUACACGUGCAAAGUUAAUAACACGAAGGGAACGGCCGAGGUUUCAAUACUCGUGGAUGUUCAAUAUUUUCCUCGCGUGUCUUCCCCGGAUGAACCGCUGAUUGCUGAUACCGGCGAUACCGUCACCAUACCUUGCACGAUCGACGCCAACCCAAACGUGACGGCAGUGACCUGGAACAUGCUGAACGGCUCCUCCCAGCAACCUGUAGACAUGUCAGACAGCAGGUACACAGGCAGCACACCUGGCAGUCCAUCUAUGUCAAUUGACAGUCUGACGCCAGAAGACGCGGGGCGCUAUCAGUGCAAUUGUGAAAACGCCAUUGGAACCGGAAGUGGGUCGUAUGUUACACUGACGAUCACGUUUGUUCCAAAGGAAGUCUCACUGACACCAUCUAAGGUCAAUGUCACUGAAGGGGAGACAAUUUCAGUCACAUGCUCCUCUAGCGCAGCGCCCUCUGCCACCUACGUCUGGUUGCGUAAUGGAGAUUUCUAUCAAAAUGGCGCCACGUUGUCCAUAUCGUCCGCCUCGACUGAAGACAAUGCCACUUUCAUGUGUCAGGCAACCAACGUGAAGGGCACGACCAGUUCUAGCAUUGACAUUAAUGUAUCAUAUCGCCCUCGUGGUAUCUUAAAGAACUCCAUCGUCACAACAACGAUUGGCAAUAGCGCGACCUUGACCUGCCAGACCAGGGCCAACCCGCCCACAUCGUCGUACACGUGGUCGUUUGGUAGCACGCAGCUAGCGGAGACUGGAGCCAGUUUGAAAAUCACACCGACGACGGUGGACGAUUUUGGUCAGUACACCUGUGUCGCUAGAAACACCAUUGGAUCGUCCGAACCCAUCAACUUGGACUUGCAGCAAGAAACAACGCCGAGUCCACCAAACACGGGCGCUUCAACGGCGGCACUGGGCACGGAGAUAAUUGUUCUAAUCGUUAUAGUCGUCCUUAUCCUCCUCAUCAUAAUAAUAGUCAUCAUAAUAGUCUGCUACAAGAAAGGAAAAUGCGGCAAAAAGAAAGAGACGAAAGGUCGCGUGGCUCCUGUGGUUCCCCCGUUAGUGGCCAAGACGGAGGCUACGCCAACAGCUGUGGAGACGUCCUCUACUGACCCCGAGAAACCGUCUGUCAGACCCCGUCCGCAAUGGUCAGCUGUGUCGAGGCAGGAUGUGCACGUCAAUGUCAAUAAUCAUGUACAUAAAGAGCACGACAAGAUGAGUGUUGAAGAUGAAACCGCUGGAAAUGGAACAAUUCCUAACGGAGCACCUGCUGGGGGCCCAAUAAUAUCAAUUAAGGACCCGGAUGAUACUCCCAGAGCACAUCACUUACCUCCCCUACAUUACGGUGGUGGGGACAACGGUGAGGAAAAUGCAGAGGAGCGGCGAAGAAGGAGAAGGAAAAAGCGAAGGAAGCGCCAGGACGAAGGGGAGACAACCGAGCAGCCCAAGUCAGACACCAUAGACGAGGAAGAGGAAUAACUUGACCACGUCACAUGGGAGAUACUUCUGUGGAACCAAAUACUAUGUAGCUGUGGCUGUGAUAUACGUGAACUCCAAAUGACCUUUGACUGGAGUGUGAGCAUCAACGACAAAGAAUAUAAUUGUUACUAUUUAUUGACAAGUUCCUUGAAAGGAUCUCAUCUUGUGACCAAACUCUCAGCAGCAGUUGUUGCUGAAUAUCAGUGCCUUCCGUCCCAACCUUGACGUGCAUAUUCUGUUCCCGCCGGUGUCCUGUCCACCCAAUCUUCUGACAUCGCUGACAUCGCUGACAUCGCUGACCUCUGACACAACGAGACCAUGUGACGUUAAUCAGGGCAGAGGGGAAGACGUUGUCCUUCUGUUACGUCACUAUGACUACACAACUGGGUUUCCCAGUGUUCAGUGGCUGCAUGCACGUAUGUUACUAUGACUACGCAACUGGGUAUCAUGAUCUCAGAGUGUUGAUGAUGCUGUUCGGUGAUACCAUGGUGCAAGACACCUGCUGUUACAGGUGUUACAGGUGUUACAGGUGUCACAGGUGUGAUAUAGACAACGUUCACCCACAGUAUGGUCCAUGUACACAGUGCCAGUAAUGUCCCAGUCAGUGUACAAAGAUUUCCUUAGUUAAAUAAUGUAUACACAGACUCUGAACAUGUUGAACUAAGUUCCCUCGGUGAACCGAAUAACAGGGUGCAGUUGUUGAUUGAACAUGUUUUUUAUAGUAGUUUGUAACGAUAUAAUCUUUCAAAUGUGCACAUAUUGCGACGCCUAGAAGGGAGAAAUCACGUUUGCAUCAUCAACGACAAUAUCAACUUUCUCCUUGUCCUUAUUCCUGCCGACGUUGUUACUCCCUCAGCUAUGAUUGUUGGGUUAGCUAGGUAGCUUCAGCACGGAUCACGUGCGUGCAUACCCAUAUGUGCCUUUGCAGUCAUUGAAGGCAUUGUCAUGUCUACUGACACGCCUUCAGUACAUAUAUAUAGAUGCACAUAAAGUUCUCACUUCAGAUAGGAAUAUUAAACUGUAUGUUUCAAAUAGUUCCUGCAUUCUCCACCUUGAGUAGCACCUGACAGUGGUUGACAGGUGAUUGUAUGUUUAACUGAAUUAUGGAGAUGAAAGGAACACGAUGUUGUGGUAUGGACAACUUGGAUCUUACAACUAUAACCAUACUUAAACUAUGUAUGAUUGGGAGACAAACCUCCCUUACAACGUCUUGAGUCAAUCCUGAAUCAAACUGCUUUCCUGUGUUGCCAUCUGUGGAAUGACCGAUACGUUCCAACGACUUCCUUUGUAGAACACUUCCAGAUUUGGAUUAUGUGAAUUCGUCCGUAAGCCGAUAUUCAGCUUGUGUAGAUUCCAAAUUAAUCUGACACUGAUCAGAGGCCACACCAAAGUGAAACCAAAUCGGGCUGCUCUUUCUGUGAUAUAAAUGACACUGUUCAGCGUUUAACCGACUCACUGUGUAAUGUCAGUGUUAGCGUCCCGUCCAAAGAUUGCUGGCCAUGCCAGUGUUGUCAUCUGCUGUCACUCGUAUAUAACGGUACAAGCUGGCAAUGCCGUUACAGAACUCCUUCCAUGCAUAGGUCAACGUGAUCUGUCGUCUUCAAAUCAUUGUAAUUAUAAAGUAGUGUUUUCAUCCUGUCAUUACAUGUCUGCCAAUAGAAAUAAAUGCUUAAUGGUAUAUCAUAAUGAACAUUAAUUUCGAUUAAUUUUGUUAACGGUUAAUUUGAUCAUUCAAUGCCGUUGCAGCAACAUUUGAUGAAUAUUUUCAAACGAGUUUCAACUUGUUAGCCAUUAGAUAUUUCAGAGUUUUAUUCAAGUAGUUUGGAACUGUCACUAGUUAUCUCCUUCAACAACAUGUCCAUAUAGUAGGUGAGGUUUAAACACGUAGAGGAAUGAGAUAUUUCUAUAUUUCUAUAUUUUCUAUUUUGCAUUAUGGUUGUAGAAGCCGCCACAGCGAUGUUGUGAUGUUGGAUGUUACAUACAUAUUUUAUGUACAGUAUUUAUUGAAAUAAUGCAUUUUCUAUGUCGUGAAAUACAUGCAUAUAAAAUAUGUACAAUACCA